CUAGAUCGGAUGGGAGCUUUGUUUAUUUAACGGAGCGCCCCGCUGGCAUCUAAGCGACAAGAACUUCGCGGAGGCCUCAGGGAGAUGCAAUAGGGUGAGUCUGUUCUCUUCUGGGAACUACAACCCGCAGUGCCAAGUGCCGAGGAUGCUGAACAGAUUCAAGGUCCUAACUGUACCCUGAGAGACGCGACUGCUCUCCCGAAGUGUUCUUUAUCCUUCCUAGAAGGGCCGCGCAAACUUCACCUCAGCCCCCGAGGAGUUCACGAAGGUGCGCCCUAGGAGCCCUCAAAGCUCGCGGGUUUCACUCAUACCUCACUGGUGGGUCUCUGUGGAACAAACUCGGCGGGUUGAGGGAGACUUGCCCCUGGGAUCCUGCGGCGUCGUCAUCUGAAGAGUGGAACUAAGGGCGAACUCUUGUUCAUAAAAUCGGAGGACAGCUGCGACUUCAUAAACACUCGUUUUCAGGACUGUGAUUGCUAUUCUUCAUUGUCAACUUGACUAUAUCUGGAGUCAACUACAACCCAGAAAUGGAGAACACACCUGUAUGACAUUGUUUGCUUAAAGUGGAUGAAUCCACUGGUCCAGACCUUUGAGGUAGGAAGACACACAACUUUAAUCCAGAUCUCGAGGUGGGAAGACAGACCUUUCAUUUGAAUCUUGAGGUGGAAGACAGUCUUUGAUCCAAAUCUUGAGUCAGGAAAGACAUACCUUUAAUAUGAGCCAUACCUUCAGCUGGACGUCUAUAUAAGAAGAAGGAAGCUUUUGUUCUUUGUUUGCCUUCACCUUGCUAGCACAUCCAUUCCUUCUGACUUUAGAGCCCACUUCUGGAUUGCAGCAUAUACUGAAGAUCAGAUGAAACAUGCAGCCUUGUGGGACUGAACAACUACUAGAUUUCUAGACUUUCUGAUCACAGGUAGUUAUUGUUCAAUUAGCUGGACAGGGGGGAAGGAGAGAGAGAUUCAUUCCAUAAGUUCUGUGACUGUAGAGAACCCGACUAAUACCCUAAUUUUGGUACCAGAAGUGGUUCUAGAGAAAGAAGUAUAAGGAUGAAUCUUCUAAGUAUCUGGAAUAGGUAUUUCAAUUCACCAGCGCCUUCAGCUACUGAAGCCACUCUAGUCACCCCCUCUCCUGGGAGCUCAGAGAGUACUGAAAGCCCUUGGUGUGAACUAUACUACAAACUUAGAGAGAUAAAUGACUUUGAUUAUCCCGACUUACCAAUUGUGAGUACUGAUGGAUUAGGUGACCUUGUAUAUGAAACUUUUGACAGGUUGGGGGAAAAUAAGGGAAAUACUGCUGCUGGUUGGUUGCUUUUAAUAUCUCUUGAUAAACUGAUAAAGGAUAGGAAUGAGCUCCAGCUUAAAAUUAACCAACUUCAGAACAUGGUGAAGGACAACAAAGAACUUAAUGAUAAAAUUGACCACCUUCAGAUGCUCAUAAACAAUCUAAAGGUUUCCAAGUGUGCCCUGGAAGAGAAUCUUCUCUCCAGCAGCCACAAAGCUCGAGUUAUGGAAAAUCAAACCAAAGCUCUCAUUAUAAGGUUAGCUGAAUUACAGGGAAAAUUCAAGUCCCAGCCUCAGAGGGUGUCAGCAGGUAAAGUAAGGGCAUUAAUUGGUAAAGAAUGGGAUCCUAUAACUUGGGAUGGGGAUGUGUGGGAGGACCCUGUUGAAGCCGAGAACUUAGAAUUCUCAGAUUCUCAAGGGUUUACCUCAUCUGAGGAAAUGGUACCCUCAGCCCCACCCCUUGAAAUACUGCCAUUUGUACCUUUCACUGAGGAACUUAAUCCUUCGUUGUCUAUUAAACCAGCAGUGAUUAGCUCUCAAAGAAAUGCCAGACAAGAUAAUACUGAUGUCCCUCAGAGCCCCAAAAUAGUUGCCUCUAGACCUAUAACAAGACUUAAGGCAAAGCAGGUUCCUAGAAGGGUGGUAGAAAGUGUGGUCCAUGAGGAGGUGUACUAUACUACUAAGGAGCUUAAUGAGUUUGCUAAGUCAUUCAAGCAGAAGUCUGGGGAAUAUGUAUGGGAAUGGAUUUUAAGGGUGUGGGAUAAUGGUGGAAGGAACAUAAAACUAGAUCAGGCUGAGUUUAUUGACAUGGGCCCUCUGAGUAGAGAUUCUAGGUUUAAUAUGGAAGCUCGCAGAGUUCAACAAGGUGUCAGAACUUUGUUUGAAUGGCUGGCUGAAGCAUUUAUUAAAAGAUGGCCUACUGAAAAGGAGUUGGAGAUGCCUGAUAUCCCUUGGCUUAGUGUUGAUGAAGGGAUUUUAAGGCUCAGGGAAAUUGCAAUGCUAGAGUGGAUACACUAUCCUAAUCCUCCACAAUGGGAAGGCCCAGAAGAUAUGCCCUUCACGAAUCCUAUAAGACGCAAACUGGUGAGAGGGGCACCAGCACAUUUGAAGAGUUUUGUUCUCUCCCUUUUGCUUGUGCCAAACCUUAGGGUUGGAGAUGCUGCUGCUCAAUUGGAUGAAUUAAAUGCAAUGGACCUAAUUGGGCCCUGGGGUAGCAGCAACCAGGUGGUAGCAUUGAAUCACCAGAGACAAGAUGAUCAUAACUAUUGUACAGGCAGCACAGAUAACACAAUGUUCAUAAUGGCAUGACUCAUUCUGACCUUUGCUACUGGCUCAUCAGUCAUGGUGUUUCCAGGCAUGAAAUAGAUAGGAAGCCUACUGAAUAUCUGAUCCGCGUAAACAGAAAAAUUCACAAACAAAUAAAAGAAAGGCUACGUUGGAUCAUGGCAAAAAGGCAGUUGACUACUGCCAGUGAAUCAAUUUCCAGACUUGAGCCAGUUUGCAGACCCAGACCCCAUUGAAUGAAGGAAUGAGAGGUUCCCUGAGGAAAGACCUUGAUAAAUCACCUUAAAGUUUUACUGUUCUCCAGUCCUUCCCUAGAAGGACAUAUAGCCUUUUACAAGGGCUUUUACACUAGGGGAAAGGAAACAGACUUUCCAGGGUCUGUCUAUUAGAUACGAGUUCUGAAUUGACACUGAUUCUGAGAGAUCCCAAGAAACAUAAGUAGGGGCUUAUGGAGGCCAGGUGAUUAAUGGAGCUUUGGCUGACUCAUAGUAGGUCCCUGAACUGUUCCUGUGAUUAUUUGCCCAGUCCCAGAGUAUAUAAUUGGGAUAGAUAUAUUUAGAAGUUGGCAGGAUCCUCACAUUGAUUCUCUGACCUGUGGAGUGGGGGCUAUUAUAGUUGGAAAGGCUAAGUGGAAGCCUUCAGAGUUACCUUUGCCAAAGAAAAUAGUGAAUCAAAAACAGUAUCACAUACCUGGUGGAACUGCAGAAAUUCGGGCCACCACCAAAUUCUUCAAAGAUGCAAGGGUGGUGGUUUCUAUUACAUCUCCCUUUAACUCUGCUAUCUGGCCUGUUAAAUGACAGUUGACUAUCAAAAACUCAAUCAAGUCUUAACUCCAGUUGCAGCUUCUGUACCAAAUGUAGUGUCCUUACUUGAGCAAAUUAACAUAUCUUCUGGUACAUAGUAUUCAGCUACUGAUCAAGCAAAUGCCUUUUUCUUAGAAUCUGUUCAUAAGGAUCACCAGGUGCAAUUCUCUUUCAGAUGGCAAAGCCAGCAGUAUACCUUUACAGUUUUACCUCAAGGAUAUAUAGACUUUCCUGCUCUGUGUCAUAACUUAGUUAGAAAGGAUCUUGAUUUUCUGUCUCUUCCACAAAAUAUCACAUUGGUGUACAAUAUAAAUGACAUUAUACUGACUGGACCAAGUGAAGACCAAGGAGGUAGCAACCACUUUUGACUCAUUGGUAACCCAUAUAUGUAUCAGAGGAUAGGAAAUAAGUCCAACCAGAAUUCAAGGACCUCAGUGAAAUCCUUAGGAGUCCAGUGGUGUGGAGAAUGCAGAGAUAUCCCUUGGAAGGUAAAGAAUAAAUAAUUGCUGUCCUCCCCCUCCCCCCAAGAAAGAAGCGUAACGCUAAUGGGCCUAUUUGGAUUCUGGAAGCAUUACAAUUUUCACAUGGGUGUGUUACUCCAGGCCAUACACUAAGAGACUAGGAAAGCUGUUAGCUUUGUGUAGAGCCUGGGACAGGAAGUCUCAACAGGUCCAGGCUACUGUGCAGGCUGCUCUACCACUUGGAGCAUAUGAUCCAGCAGACCCAAUGGUACUUGAAGUGUCAGUGACAGACAAGGAUGCUGUUUGGAACUUUGGCAUACCUAAGGUGAAUCACAGAAGAGACCUUUGGGAUUCUACCAUCAUCUGCAGACAACUGUUCUCCCUUUAAAAGAUAGCUCUUGGCUUGCUAUUGGACCUCAAUGAAAACUGAACAUUUGACAGUGAGCCACCAAGUUACCAUGUGACCUGAGCUGCCUAUCAUGAGUUGAGUAUUAUUGGACCCACCAAAUCACGAAGUAGGACAUACACAGUAGCAAUCCAUUAUCAAAUGGAAGUGGUAUAGGGCUGGAAAGAUGGCUCUGUGGUUAAGAGCAUUGGCUACUCUUCCAGAGGUCCUGAGUUCAAUUCCCAGCAACCACAUGGUGGCUCACAACCAACUGCAGUGAGAUCCGAUGCCCUCUUCUGCUGUGUCUGCAGGCAACAGUAUACUUAUAUACAUUAAAUAAAUAUUUUUCCAAAAAUGGAAGUGGUAUAUACAUGAUUGCACCUGAGCAGGUCCUGAUGGCACAAGCAAGUCACAUGCAGAAGUUGCCCAAAUGCUUGUGGUUUCUGCUCUUGUUACAGUUCAGUCUUGCUGCCAAGCAUGUGCCUAUAGCCUCAUGGGGUGUUCCUACAAUCAGCUUACUGAGGAAGAGACAACUAGGGCCUGGUUUACUGAUGGUUGUGCACUUUAUACAGGCACCACCCACAAGUGGACAGCUGCAGCAUUACAAACCCUUUUUAGUACAACUCUGAAAGAUGCUGACAAAAGGAAAUCUCCACAGUGGGCCGAACUUGGCCAAAUGAACGAUUGUUCACUGCUUCGUAUGCUGGAUGGUCAUGGACAUAGAAAGAUUAUGAUUGGAAAAUUGGUGAGAAAAGCAUCUGGGGAAGAAGUAUGUGAAUAGACCUUGGCAAAUGUGCAAAGGAUGUGAAGAUAUUUGUGUCCCAUGUAAUGCUCAUCGAAAGGUGACUUCAGCCAAGGAGUUCAGUAAUCAAGAUGGGAUGCCCUAUUCUGUGCACACUCAGCUUCUUUCCCUUAGCUAUUCCUGUCAUUGCCCAAUGUCCACAUGAACAAAGUGGCCAUGGCGACAUAGAUGGGGAUUAUGGGUGGGCUCAACAAUAUGGACUUUCACUAACCAAGAUUGACCUGGCUACAGCUGCUUCUGAAUGCCAAAUCAGCUAACAUUGAGACCCAGAUAAACACCAUUCCCUGAGGUGAUCAUCUAGCAACCUGGUGAGAGGCUGACUACAUUGGACGACUUCCUCCGUGGAAAGAACAGUGCUUUGCCUUUACUGAAGUAGAUACUUAUUCUGGUUAGAGACUUGCAUUUCUUGCACAUAAUGCUUCUGCCAAAACCACAAUUUAUGAACUUACAGAGUGCCUUAUCCAUCAUCAUAGUAUUCCACAAAGUAUUGCUUCUAACCAAGGUACUCACUUCACAGCCAGAGAAGUGUGACAGUGGACCCACGAUCAUAGAAUGCACUGGUCUUACCAUGUUCCCCACCAUCCUGAAGCAACUGGUCUGAUAGAAAUAUGAAAUGGCCUUUUAAAGACACAGUUACAGCAUCAGUUAGGUAGCAGCAGUCUGGAGGGUUGAGGCAAGGUUCUUCAGAAGACAAUAUAUGCUUUGAGUCAACAUCCAAUAUAAGGUACAAUUUCUCCCAUAGCCAGGAUCCAUGGGUCCAGGAAUCAAGGGCUGAAAAGGGGAAUCACUAACACCCCUAAUAACCCACUAGGGGGAAAAAAAUGAUUUCUGUUCCUACAACCCAAGGUUCUUUGGGUCCAGAGAGAGAAGUGUUCCUGCUAGAAACUACAACAAAAAUUCCAUUGGACUAGAAGCAAAGACUUUCCCCUGGCAUCUUUGGGCUUCUAAUGUCCUUAAACCUACAGGCUAAGGAAAGAAUAACAGUGUUAGGAGGGAACCAGAUUACCAUGGGGAAGUUGGAUUGCUUCUUCACACAGAGGUAAGAAAGAUUAUGUCUGGAGCGUAGGAGAUUUUUUAGGGUAUCUCUUAGGACUAUCAUAACAUGUGAUUAAAGUCAAUGGGAAACUACAACAACCUAAUCCAGACAGGAUGACAAAGGGAACGAGCCUUCAGGAAUGAAGGUAUGGGUCACUUCUCCAGGAAAAGAGCCAAGACCUGCCGAAGUACCUGCUGGGUGGAGGAAAUGCAGAAUGGGUAGAAGAAGAAGGUAGUUAUAAAUACCAGCUAAGGCCACAUGACUA